AUGUUGUCCAAAGUGUUGGUAUUCGCAGUCAUCUGCUUCGCAGCAGCCCAUUCCCUCACAAUCGUGAGCAGAAGCGAGUGGGGCGCAAAACCACCAAAGAAAGUCACCAAUUUACCGACGAACCCACCAUCUCACGUGGUCGUCCAUCACGCUUCCAGUCCGAGCUGUUACAGCAAAGCCGAUUGCAUCAAGAGAGUGAAAUCUUUCCAGGAUUAUCACAUGGGACCAGACAACAGCUGGGACGAUAUCGGCUACAACUUUGUCGUUGGUGAAGACGGUAACGUUUACGAAGGUCGCGGCUGGGGAAAACAAGGUGCUCACGCCAAACCAUUGAACAGCAAGAGCAUCGGAAUCUGCGUUGCUGGAACUUUCAACGGUGCUGCCCCCAAUGCCGCCGCUCAAAAGGCCGUCAAGGAUUUGAUCGCUUACGGUGUUUCCAACGGAAAGAUCCAAAAAGGCUACAAAUUGGUCGGACAUCGUCAAGUUGACAACACUGACUGUCCCGGAACAGCCUUCUACAACGUCAUCAAGGGAUGGCCACAGUGGACAGCCAAAUCUUUGAAUAUAAUUUCAAGAAGCGGAUGGGGCGCAAGACCUCCAGUUUGGGAUUCACCAAAUCAGGUGAUAAAACCAGCUUCUUUCGUAAACAUUCAUCACGGAAAAUCUUCAAGUUGCUACGACAAAACCUCUUGCAUUUCCAAGGUGAGAUCGUACCAGAACGAGCAUAUCGAUGGUAAAGGUUGGAGCGAUAUCGGCUAUAAUUUUGUUGUUGGAGAAGAUGGUAAUGUUUACGAAGGUCGAGGAUGGGAUAAAAACGAAAUAAGUCCAAACCUUCCAAACAGUAAAACAAUCGGAAUUUGCGUUAUCGGAACUUUCAACAAUGGAGCUCCGAACGUCAAAGCUUUGAACGCCAUCAAAGAGCUAAUGUCAUCCGGCGUUGCCAACGGAAAAAUCGCGGCCAACUAUAGAUUGAUUGGUCACCGACAGUUCGAUUCUACCGAUUGCCCAGGCGAUGCCCUCUUCAAAAUCAUCAAAGGUUGGCCGCACUGGUCACCGUACUCGUUACGAAACGCACACUAGAUUCAAAUUAAAUUUAAUUACCAGCUAUUUUCACUCAUCUAAAUUCGUGCGCUAAUAAAUAAUUGUAAUUACGA